AUGGCUUUGAAUGAGCUGAAAGAGCAAAGUGAAACACAGGGUCACAAGAUUGAUGAUCCUGAGAUACGUGUUGAUCAGAGAACACAAACGAGAAUUCGCUCGAAUCCAUUCGUCAGGACUGCACUUCUUGAUUUGUAUGCUAAGUGUGGGCGCCUAGAGAUGGCUCGAGAGAUAUUUGACGAGCUAGGUGUGUACAGAAAUGCAGUGACUUGGAAUUCUAUGAUCUCAGCUUACACAAGAAAUGGGGACUUAAUUGCAGCAAGAAAGCUCUUCGAUCGAAUGCCACAAAAGAACGUUGUGUCGUGGAAUUCAAUGAUCGUUGGCUAUGCACAAAACGGACAAUCGGAACUAGCUAUUAAUCUCUUCAAAGAAAUGAUAAACGAACAAUUAAUAACUCCCGAUGAAGUCACCAUGGCUAGUGUUAUAUCGGCUUGUGGUCAUCUAGGUGCCCUCGAAUUGGGCCAGUGGGCUUUGGACUUCACUACUUCAAAUCGUAUAAAGUUGAGUGCAUCCGUGUACAAUUCUCUGAUUUUCAUGUACUCUAGGUGCGGGUGCAUGAACGAAGCAAAUAAGAUAUUUUCUAAAAUGGAGACGAGAGAUGUGGUGGCCCACAACGCGUUGAUCACAGGCUUUGCUGCUCAUGGAAACGCCGUUGAAGCCCUCAAAUUUUUUGAAAGAAUGAAAGACGAAAACGUCCAACCAGAUCGAAUUACUUACAUCGGCGUUCUAACGGCGUGCAGUCAUUCGGGGAUGUUGGAUGAGGGCAAAAAGGUCUUUUUGUCGAUAGAAGCCCCGGAUAUAGAUCACUACGCAUGCAUGGUUGAUUUGCUUGGUAGGGUAGGUAAACUAGACGAAGCCAAAAGAAUAAUUGAAGAAAUGCCCGUUUAUCCACAUGCAGCAAUAUAUGGAUCUUUGUUGAGUGCUAGUCGAAUUCACAAAAGAAUCGAAAUUGGGGAGUUUGCUGCAAAGAAGCUUUUCGAGCUUGAGCCAGAAAAUUCGGGGAAUUACGUUUUGCUCUCUAACAUAUACGCAUCUGCAGGGAAGUGGAGAGAAGUCGAUAGAAUCAGAGGAUUGAUGAAAACGAGAGGGCUGACGAAGACAAGUGGAUGGAGCUCGGUGGAGCACGAUAGAAAGGUGCACAGGUUUACGGUGGGCGAGCGCUCACACGAUUUAUCAGACGCAAUUUACGAGAAGUUGGCGGAAAUGAAGAGGAAGAUGAAGGGUGCUGGAUAUAUAGCUGAUAACAGCAGUGUGUUGCGAGAUGUUGAGGAGGAAGACAAGGAAGAAAUGGUCGGAACUCAUAGCGAGAAACUGGCUGUUGCUUUCGGUCUUCUUGUUAGUGAACCGGGAACUGUUAUAAGGGUGAUGAAGAACUUACGGAUUUGUCGGGAUUGUCAUACUGCUAUUAAGAUGAUUUCGAAGCUCGAGGGGAGAGAGAUUAUUGUGAGGGAUAACAACAGAUUUCAUCGGUUUACGGAUAAUGUUUGCUCGUGCAAUGACUAUUGGUAGCAUGUGUGCAUGUGAGCAUAUAUAUAUAUAUAAUAUAUACACACACACACACUGAGAUGACUUCUCGACAGAGGGUCAUGAAGAAGAAAAAGAAGAAGCUGGCGAAAUUCGGUUUCGUUGUUGGCAAAUUUGCUGGUGUCGUAUCAAUCAACAAAUUUUCAGCAAGAACUUCCUGACAACGAAGCACGAUUGCAGAUGUUGCAAUUAUUUUGCCUUGCUAGACAAGAAGAUGUAUAAAUUAUAUAUAAAUCCCGAAAAUCGUUUGGCUACGUUUCUUCUGUUUUCAGGGAGAUGCUGCAGUUCUAGAGAAGUACCGUAUAGCAGUGCCUAAAGCUUAUGAAAGCCAAGGGAUCGUUUUUCGAUAACAAGAAUUGGUCUACAGAAGCAACUCUGACGAACGAAAUAUCCCCUGAGUGGUUAACGACUCCGACUGAGAUGUAUGAAUUUCAUCGUUUGAGCAUCGGAGCCAGUGAAUUUCAUCGCAUUUUCAACGUAAAUUCAGCUUAGUGUAAAGCUAAAGG